CUUUGAUCACAUAAAGAGAGGUUUUCAGUUGUAGGUUGGGUUCGUGCUCCAAAGUCCAUGGAGAGUUGGGGUGAUGGCAUCGAUCGUGACGCGAAAACGCCACUUUUGUCGCCAAGAAAUGGCAGCGAAACUGGUCAGGACAAUGGGAAUGACGCACGUGCACAAGUGAACAACACCAACAUUGACAACUCUGUUUCAUCUCUGAGGCAUGAGUUCUUCUUGAGAUUGCCGGCCAAGGUCCGGUCUGGGCUUGAUGCUGAGUACCCCUUUCAUCUCGACCUUUCCAAGACCACUGGUUUGGUUGAAGGGGAGAAGGAAUACUACGAGAGACAGUUUGCCACCUUGAGGUCGUUCGAAGAGGUUGAGUCACUUGAAUCGCCUCAUGUCAUUGAUGAAGAUCAGAGCAGCACAUUGCAAGCUCAACAUGAAAGAGCUAUGAAAAUAUCAAAUUGGGCCAACGUGUUCUUGCUCGUGUUCAAGAUAUAUGCAACCGUGAAGAAUGGGUCCAUAGCCAUCGCAGCAUCAACCCUAGAUUCGUUGCUGGAUUUAAUGGCCGGCGGUAUCCUUUGGUUUACGCACUUGUCGAUGAAAACAAUAAACAUAUACACGUAUCCUAUCGGGAAACUUCGGGUACAGACGGUUGGCAUUAUCAUCUUCUCUGCUAUCAUGGCCACUCUGGGGUUUCAGGUGCUUGUCCAAGCCGUCGAGCAACUCAUCAGAAACCAACCUUCCGAAAGGACGACAUCAGAGCAGUUAGUGUGGUUGUACACAAUUAUGCUGACGGCAACCAGAGUGAAACUCAUCCUUUGGAUCUACUGUAGAAGCUCAGGGAACAAAAUAGUUCGCGCAUAUGCAAAGGAUCAUUACUUUGAUGUGGUGACGAAUGUGGUCGGUUUAGUUGCUGCUGUUCUUGGAGAUAAGUUUUAUUGGUGGAUCGACCCAGCUGGUGCCAUAGCCCUCGCUAUUUAUACAAUUUCAAAUUGGUCCGGCACAGUUUUGGAAAAUGCUGUGUCUCUUGUUGGGCAAUCAGCUUCACCGGAAGCCUUGCAGAAACUGACAUACCUAGCCCUUAGACACCAUCCUCAAAUUCAACGUGUCGACACAGUUCGUGCAUACACCUUCGGUGUCCUUUACUUUACUGAGGUAGAUAUUGAGUUGCCCGAAGCUUUACCCCUGAAAGCAUCGCAUGCAAUUGGAGAAUCAUUGCAAAUAAAGAUCGAAGAACUCCCUGAAGUGGAAAGAGCCUUCGUUCAUCUAGAUUUUGAGUGCGAGCACAAGCCAGAGCAUUCCGUGCUCAGCAGACUCCCAGAUAACCAGCAUUGAACGAACUGGUCUUUCAUCAUUUGGAUUCUCUAAAACUUGAAUAACCUUCAGAGCUUGGUAAUAUGUAAGCUAAAAGGACAAAAGGUAGAACAGUUGGCCAAGACAAUAUACAAGUCGGUUUUCUGCGUGCUGAAUGCAUACUGUCUCAUUCAUCGUGCAAAUGGGGCUCAUGGGACUUCAACUACGUGAAUUUUAAGCUGUCUCCAAUAUUCUACCAACCCAUGACGCGCACAAAAACAUUCUCGAUGAGAAAGGCGUGAUUAACACAAGAUGCAGAGUAACUUUGUAAAAGGGGAUGAAAUAAGCUGUGGAAGGAUCAUUGGGCAGUCGAGAAAACUUGAUACACUGAACAAGGCCUGUUCUUUAGGCAUCCACAGAAUACUGUCAGUAAUGUUCUGUCUCCAUGGAUGUAUGAAAGGUGUCAAG